AUGUAUUUACCAAGCUGCACCUAUUCGUCAAAGUCUGACUUUGGCUCCAUCACUUCACCGUUUUUGAGGGAGCACGGAGCUCCUCUGCUGGACCGGAGCCGGCUGUCGGAGUACCGGGGAUGGUGUCACCCUGAGCCGGGACAGCAGUACCCUCCUCCCUGGAAAUGGGCUCUCCACCAGGCGGGACGUCCCAUCACCUCUGCACCGCCUCCAUGCGUCCGUGUGCCGGGUGAAGGAGUGUAUCCAGAGCACCAGGGACUACAAUCCCCCACGGAGGUGAUGUUUAACCCGGGUAAAGACUUCCUAGCCGUGUAUGGAGCCUCCGUGCCAAGCUUUUACGCAUUUGGCACAGACGCACGGAGCCUCCACGGUGAUUACGCAGCCUUCAACCCGGACUCAGAGCUCCUCUUCCCGGCGGCACGCAGCAGAGUCCUGCCCCCGGUGUUCGACCAGUUUUUGGAGAGAGAGGACCAGAGAGUGAAGACUACACACCGACAGAAAGAGAGGAACCGAGCCCGGAGGACGAGCUGUCACACCGGGGAGAGCAGCGAGGUGAGGGCCGGGUCAGAGUCACCCCAGGCCGGGAAGGAGGACGAGGAGGAUGCACCCUCAUCCAGUGGAGGAGACUAUUCUCCUGCAGAGGCCUGUGUGAGGAGGAAGAAGCGAUGUCCGUACUCCAAGCAGCAGAUCAGAGAGCUGGAGAGAGAGUUUCUCUUCAACAUCUACAUCAACAAGGACAGACGCGUCCAGCUGUCCAGCUUUCUGCGUCUGACAGAGCGACAGGUGAAAAUCUGGUUCCAGAACAGGAGAAUUAAAGAGAAGAAGCUGAAGAGUGAGAGGGUGCUGUACCACACAGGAUACCUGUUCUGA